AUGGAAGACUCAAGCUUUGCGAAGAAGCUGCAGGACGGUAGGUCCCGCUAUAUUCUCCAUGAAUAAUAUUUUUCCGGCUUCAGAGUGCCAAUUGAUGCAACGAGAGCUCCAGAAGGCGGAAAUGGAAUUUCAGGCAACAAAACAGCAAAUUCUUCAAGGCGGGUUUGAUUUUUUUCUUGGUUGUUGUUGAUCAUGGAAAACACAUUUUUUGGUUGCUUUUGCCAAAUUCGCGAAUUUGGCAAAAGCACGUUUCGACGUUUUUUUUGCUGAGUAGUCUGUUCCGACUCUGAUAUUCUUAUUUUUGCAGCAUCGGCACAAAAAUUUGCUGUAAUCGAAAGUUUUUGCACGUUUCACUUUCUAAUUUCUUGAUUUCAGUUUUCCUAGGUGUUCAAGGCGAAAAACAACGCCAGCAUUACAACCAACAGCAAUCUAACGCCCUUGAGGCUCAUUUGCAGAGCAUGGACGGUCAAAAUCAAGCGUAAGAUGAGAUUAAUUCUAUAUUGGUCUUUUUUAGAGUUUUGAACGAGUUGCAAAACAAUUUUGAAAACGUUGUGAAGGUUUCUGAAGACGAAUUGGCUCGAGAUGAGGUUGAGAAUAGUAAGCUGCGGAUGCUGGGGGAGUUCGGAGGAUUAGACUUGCCAGCUGACGUAAGAUUAUGAUAUAUUUUCCUUGUUCUAGUUAUGAAAUUAUGUUGAACUGGAAAUUUAUUUCAUUUUUUAGGGAAUCCUGAAUUUGGAGAGUCGAACCGAGGUUUUAAAUGAGUGGAUACGAACUCUCCAUGCAGAAUGUGAGUUAAGAAAACUUUUUAUUUUUUAUUAUCUUAGGUCAGAAAUUAUCGGAGGAUUUAAAAAUAUUGGAAGCCAAGCACGUUGAUGUUAAGAAGGGGUUGAGCAAUAUUCCAUAUCUCGAAUUGUCCAUUGAAACCCGCGAGGCUGUCCGGUAUGUUGUUUUGUUGUUUUUUUUUUGACGUUUAGGUCUGACGUCAUGACGCGUCAUAGACGAUACAACAAUUUAUGCUUUACGCGGCGGAAUAGAUAGAUUUUGUCUAUUCGAACAGUUUAAUAGGAGUAUCAUGAAAGAUGAGACGUUUUUCUAUUAUAUUGCGCGUUUCUAGAGCUCAACUUCAACAUAUUCGCAAAAAUGUCACCACUCGUCUUCGUGCCGAGAUCCUGAAAGGGCGUCAACUGAAGCAAUGUCCUAUCGAUUACUGA